AUGUAUUUGAAGAACAGAAACAAUGCAAUCAACACAGAGAGGAGCAAGAAGAACAUAAAAGGGAAAGCAUGUUCUUAUUUACGGUCAGGCAUCCAUCAAGAAGAAAUCCUGACUUUGACGUCACCAAAGGAGAACAGCAAAUUGGAGAGAAACAGAAAGGUGACAGAGGAUGAAGAGUCGCUGCAGAGGACCGCCUUCGGGAAGGCCGUGUACAACAUGACCCAUUCGGAGAGGGUGAUGGACGACCUGACGCUUGGACGGCGGGUGGGAUUUUACGAGCUGAAGGGAGAAAUCGGUUCUGGUAACUUUUCGCAGGUUAGACUGGGAAUACAUGACUUGACUAAAGAGAGAGUAGCAGUGAAAGUCCUGGAUAAGGAACGUCUGAGCAAACACGCCCAAGCUCUCUUUGCCUCUGAGAUCGCUUGCAUGGAGAGGCUUUCCCACCCCAACAUAGUGCGCCUGUACGAGGUGGUGGAAACCUUCAAGCGGCUUUACCUGGUGAUGGAGUAUGCCAGCGGAGGGGAGCUGUUCUCCAGGAUCACCAGCAGGGGACGCCUUUCGGACCUUGAAAGCAAGCUGGUGUUUUCGCAGGUUCUCUCUGCAGUCAAGCACAUGCAUGAUAAUAACAUUGUCCACAGGGACCUGAAGGCCGAGAACGUCUUCUACACCCACACCUACUGCAUUAAAGUGGGGGAUUUUGGUUUUAGCACGUGUUGCUGCUCCAGUGAUAUACUCCACACAUUCUGUGGCUCUCCACCUUAUGCAGCACCUGAGAUUUUCAAAGAGAAAGGCUACAUUGGACACUAUGCAGAUACUUGGGCUCUGGGUAUUUUGCUUUACUUCAUGGUGACCGCCACAAUGCCCUUUAAAGCAGCCACCACGACCCGGCUGAAGAUUUGCAUCCUGCAGGGUUCUUAUGCCAUUCCCUCAUAUGUUCCCCAGUCCUGUCAGGAGAUCAUAAAGGGCCUCCUGAGGCCAGUUCCCGUAGACCGCCUCACCUUGGCGCAGAUCAUGAUGAGUGACUGGAUGACGGGCAUCGAAUACCCUCAGGCCUACCCGCCCUCCAGGCCUACUCCGUCACACCUGGUCGACCAGAACCACGUCUUCACCUCAGAUGAUCUGAGCGUGAAAGUGGCGCUGGAGGAUCUUGGCAUCAGCGCGGUUCAUCUGCUCAACAGCAGUCUCGACUUGAGAAGCCCUGUCACCGGGACCUAUCGGAUCGCGCUUCAUCAGAUCCAGAAGCGAAGAUCGAUAGACGCUGCGGGUUACAGUCGGACACACACGAGUGAGUCCCUGAACAGACUGAGGAGGAAAGCCGGGUCAGAGGGCCAUCUGUACAAGCGCCACUCUGUGGUCUGCGCCAUCAUGUAGCCCCAUCCUUAACUUUUUAAAAUGUGCUUCCACUCUGAGCUUUACGGCAUGGGCCCCAACUUGCAUAUUUUCUGCGAUUGUGAAAAACGUUCUUAGACACACUCACUAUAACUUGAUCAUUUUGUUUUUGUUUAUGUCCACCCACUUUGAUUUAAGUGCAAGUAUUUUGGCAAUAGCAUGAGGUUUCUGAAGGGACAGAGCAUGAUUUCAUGUAUUAUGAAGGUUUCUGAGAAUGUACACAGUAGCAUGCUCCAUGAAGAUACUUGGCCUCCUUCUUGUCCACUAAAAUAACAUCCAGAGUUGUUGCAACUGGAGCUGCACUUAAAUCAGCUGAGCGUGAAGGAAAUUUGUUGAAGGUUGUCAGUGACCCUCUUCAGAUUCCUCCUUCUGUAUGACUACAGGAAUUUAGAAAUAAAAAAGCAAGUCAGGAGGUUUUUUAUUUGUAGAUUAGUGAAUGCAACCAGCCGUGCAUUUCUCAUGCCUGCAUCACCCUGUUCGGGGAUGCAUGAGUCAAAUUCGGAGACCUUUAGCAAAUCUAAGAAUUCAGUUUAAGAAAAUGCUCCCUCCUCCAAAAGCAUUGGAAUGGUAAAGAAAAUGUAUUCAAAUGUUGACAGCAAACAUUUGAAUUUGACAAAAACCUGUCUAUCCAACAGAUUAUCAACAUUUUUAUUUGCAGAAAAGUUUCAUUUUUUUUACAUAUAAGUGGCCUGUUUAACUGACAUGUUACAGCAUGUCAGUUGGAUUUAAGUCCAGGCUUUGACUGGGCCAGUGAGUUUUGCUCUACUAGGAAUGCUGUUUUGGGGGUGUUUUUACAGCUCUGGUCUCCUGAAUAUUAUGUUUAAGAAUGAUUCAUUAAACCCAACCUUAAUCAAUCAAUCAAUCAAAUUUUAUGUGUAUGGCACAUUUCAGCAGCAAGGCAUUUCAAAGUGCUUUACAUCAUAAACACAAAAACACAAAGUCAUGCAACAUAGAAUAAACAAUACAUUGUUACAUCAUUCAAUUUUUAAUUGAUUACGUUUCAAAUACAAUUCUAAACAGGUGUGUUUUUAGUUGAGAUUUAAAGGAUGUCAGUGUUUCAGCUGUUUUACAGUUUUCUGGAAGUUUGUUCCAGAUUUGUGGUGCAUAGAAGCUGAAAGCUGCUUCUCCUCUCUUGGUUCUGGUUCUGGGGAUGCAGAGCAGACCAGAACCAGAAGACCUGAUGGUUCUGGAAGGUUGAUACAACAACAGCAGAUCUUUGAUGUAUUGUGUUGCUAAACCGCUCAGUGAUUUGUAAACUAGCAGCAAUAUUUUAAAGUCUAUUCUUUGAGCUACAGGGAGCCAGUGGAGGGACUUUAAAACUGGUGUUAUGGUUUCUAUCUUCCUGGUUCUAGUGAGAAACUGAGCAGCAAUGUCCUGGAUUUGAUUGAUUGACCUUAAGUGAGGAUGUAGAGCUUCAGAUGUGAUGUUGGGGUUCUCAUGUGUUCUCCUGUGUGAAUCCUUGAUUCUCUCCUGGAGGUCAGCCACCACUGGGAAGAAUCAUAGGAUUUUCCAUAUGGUUUCUUUAUGGACAAAGGUUCUCAGUGUGGUUCUGUGUAUGUUCCUAGGUCAAAGAAAUUGCUUUGUAACCAUUUUCUUACUGGUGAAAAUCAUUGGCUGUUUUUUUUAUCCAUUCUUUUAAUUUUGGGCAUCUUUUAGCCUAUUACAGAUUGUUAGAUUCCAAUUAAAGCAACGGUCUGACACUUUUAUGAAAAUAUGUUUUUUCACAUAAUUGUUAAAACUGUCGCCAUUUUGUUACAGUAUGAGAUGAGACAGACAAUCUGUGAAAGGAUGCAGCUUCUCCACCUUCUCUCUGAGCUACUGCUGCCUUCUGAAGAAAUACAUCUCUCCUGACCUAAAAAAACUACCAAUCAGAGCCAGGAGGAAGGUCUUAGCGCUGCCAAUCUACCUAGUGAACGCGCUGCUAAAUGUGCUAAUAGCAAGAAAACAACUUAUGUUCCCAGAAAAAAAGCUAUGCUAACUAGCCUUAGCUUUCAUAGCCAGAUGUGUUGUGAGGAACCGCCACAGAGCUGUCACAACAUAGUAAUGUUUUUAACAAAAUAGGUAAGAAACAUAUUAGUUUCUUCUGCUUUAAGUGAUUCUUCAUGGACAUACUGUUAUAGAAACUGAAAAAAUAUCACAAAAAAACAAUGAUUUAACAAUGGUUGGGAGAAAUUAUCUGGACCGUUUUUAUUCUUAAUAUUUAAAAUAUUCCUUUAAAAAAACAGUAUUUUGUAAAGUGUCUUUAUUAGAAAUGAUAAUCAGUUUAGUGAUCUGGAAGGUUUAAGGAAGACAAAAAAGCAGAAGAUGAGAAGCCUGGAAAUUGAUCUCUUGUCUCAUAGUAAUAUUUUGAUGUCAAACUCAAUUGUUUGUAGUUUACAGCAAAUAACAAAAAUUGCUCCUUCUUCAAAUACUGUCAGGGGGAACAUACAUGUUUUUACUCUGUAUGGUUUUAUGCAACUGUAUAAAUUUUUUUUAAAAUCCUGUUUCUUUUUAUUUUUUUAUUUUCCUUAAAUUCUGCUUUAGAGAAUUACUGACCGUGUUUAUUUGGUUAGAGACAAAACUCCAUAAUUCUUAUCAGGCCACUAUUUUAAAAUAAAAAAUGUACAUUUAUGCUGUAAAAUAAUGCUAAAGUCUAUGGAUUGUGUCAAUAACAUUAGUUAUGAUACAUAAGUUUAAUCACUUUGGAGAACUUUAGCCUUUUAGCUGACAAGUAACUUGUAUAAUCCAGUCCUAACUUGUUCAACAUUCACACUUUGACCGAAGAAUUGGCCAUAAAGUCAAUACAGACAGAAAAUACUAUGAAAAUGUAAAACACCAACUACAAAUUGUGUCAAUAAAAGUGCAAGUAUCAUUAAUUUGUUGUUGUUUUUUAAUGAAAUAAAUUAUUAU